GUUCUCUCUCUCUCUCUGUCUGUGCCUGGCAAUCUUCAGCACCCUCCGUCCCACCUCCUCUCUUGCGCUCUCUCUCUAUCUCUCUUUCACUCUCUCUCUCGCUCUCUCUUCUCCAUCCCUCCCUCCACCAUCUCUCGAUCUCAAUGCGCCGCAGCUCCUCCCUCCACCUUGCACAGCCGCGACCCCUCCCUCUCCAUCUUCCUUCCUUCCUCAGCCUCCCUCCCUCCCUCUCAUCUUCUCUCCCUCACUCUCUCUCGCGCUCUCUCUCGCGCUCUCUCCCGCUCUGCUGGGUACAGCAUGUAUUUGAGGCACGGGGAGCCGCACCGCUCCUGUUUACAUGGCUGCCCGCAUCUGGGGCAGGGGCUCGAGUGUAGUGGAGACCGCCGCCAGUCUCCUGCCCUGUGAGCGCCAGCCAGCUUUCAGGAAUUGUGUUUUUCAGCCCGACUUUCUUCAAAGGCCUCCUCGGCGCCUCCCCGCCACCCCAGCCCCGUUCGGAUCUAAGCGGCGCCCCAGCAGAAUGGACCUGCCAAAAUUAGACUUCGCUGCAUGACGUUUCUGCAGGUAACCAGCAGAAUGGUGGCUGGCGAGGCGAGUGGGCACAGCUACUUGGUGGCAUGCUGGCAGCCAAUCCUCAUCCUGAUGCUGGGCACAGUGCUGUCGGGAUCCGCCACCGGAUGCCCGUCCCGCUGCGAGUGCAGCGCUCAGGAGCGCUCGGUUCAGUGCCACCGCAGGAAGCUGAUAACCCUUCCCGAAGGAAUACCCAUCGAGACGCGACUGUUGGACCUGAGCAAAAACCGCCUGAAAGCCAUCAACCCCGAGGAGUUCAUCAACUACCCUCACCUGGAGGAGCUGCAGCUCAAUGAGAACGUUAUCUCGGUCAUUGAACCCGGCGCCUUCAGCAACCUCUUCGGCUUACGGACGUUGGGACUGCGCAACAACAAGCUGAAGCUCAUUCAGCUGGGCGUGUUCACCGGCUUGAGCAACCUCACGAGACUGGAUAUCAGUGAGAACAAAAUAGUCAUCCUGCUGGACUACGUGUUUCAGGACCUUUACAACCUAAAGGAGCUGGAGGUGGGCGAUCACGACCUGGUCUUCAUUUCCAGCAGAGCCUUCCACGGCCUCACCAGUCUAGAGCAGCUCACCAUGGAGAGGUGCAAUCUGACCACCGUGCCCACGGACGCUUUGAGCCAUCUUCACAAUUUGCUGGUACUCAAGCUGUGGAAUUUCAAUGUAAACGUCAUUAAGGACUACUCCUUCAGGAGACUGUAUCGCCUGAAGGUGCUGGAGGUCGCCGGUUGGCCCUUUCUUGAAGCCUUGACCGACAAGUCUCUUCACGGGCUCAACAUUACAACCUUGAGCGUCACAAACUGCAACCUCACUGCCGUUCCGUACGUGGCCAUCCAGCACCUUGGGCACCUUCGCUCUCUCAACCUGUCCUUCAAUCCCAUUGAGACUGUGGAGGGCAACAAAAUGCACAAUUUGAUGAGGCUCCAGGUGUUUGACCUGGUAGGCGGUCGAUUGGCCACUAUUGAGCCUUACUCUUUCAGAGGACUCAACUACCUUAAAGUUCUCAACGUAUCCAACAACAGACUGAGCACUUUAGAGGAGUCCGUCUUUCAUUCCGUGGGAAACCUGGAGACCCUGGGCUUGUACAGCAAUCGAUUGGCCUGCGAUUGCCGCCUGCGAUGGGUCUUUCGGCGCCGCUUGAGGCUCAACUUCAACAAGCAGCAGCCGUCAUGUGAGACGCCUGAGUUCGUUCAGGGGCAGGAGUUUAAAGACUUCUCUGACAAUCUCCCCGCCAACCUCUUCGUUUGCCAGCCAUCUAAGAUACUGGACCACAAGGCUCUACAUAGAUUUGUGGACGAGGGAACUACGGUUAAUUUCGUGUGCAAGGCGGAGGGGGAUCCGGCCCCUGUGAUCAUGUGGCAGAACCCGAAGAAGCAAUUCAUCACCGUCAAAAGUGUUGGACGUCUCUCUGUGUCUCAGGACGGCACUCUGGAAGUGCGCUACGCCCAAAUCCAAGACAAUGGCACUUACACGUGUAUAGCUACCAAUGCAGGGGGUAAUGACACCAAACUUGCCCAUUUACACGUUCAUAGUUACUCUCCAAACUGGCCUCAUCAGCCUAACAAGACGUUUGCCUUCAUUUCCAACCUGCCCAAUGACAGUGGUGCCAAUGGGACUGGUAGGUCAGUCCCGUUUCCAUUUGAUAUGAAGACUCUAAUCAUUGCAACUACCAUGGGAUUUAUCUCUUUUCUCGGAGUGGUGCUGUUUUGUCUUGUUCUGCUCUUCCUCUGGAGCCGGGGGAAGGGUAAUGCCAAGCCAAACAUCGAGAUUGAAUAUGUGCCACGGAAAGUAGACGGGGAGACCAGUCCAACUGAGGAAUCCCAUAAGAUCAGAAUGAAAAUGAUGUAAAAGUUUGCAGUAAAAGUAAGUUACGGUGAACUGGGCUUCGUCUGAGAAAUCCCUGGCUAGAGACUUUCUUGGAAGAGUGGAGGCGAUGAUUGUUUUCCUUAUGGAAUUGAUGGAAGAAUCAAUGUUGAAGUAAUGUUGAAGCCUUUUCCAAAUAUUUUUCUUUCUUUUUGCCAAUCGCUACUCAGCACAGUCCAUGGGGAUUGCUUCUUCAAAGGAAAGUCAGUCAGGAUUCCAAGAGACCUAAAAUUCUUAAAAAGAAAAUUAAAAAAAAGUUUUUAUUUGGUAACUGUGAAGACGGAGCCUGUCUGAUACGGAUUAUUAUUAUUACUGGCGAGCCAGCCAGGAGAGGGCCAGUUUUAAACCACACUUGUCUUUGUCUUUUACCUUUUCGUCAUAUUUCCUGUACAUAAUUCUUUCUGUGUACAUAGGGCAAUACAGUACAGUACAAAGGGUUGAGAAGUCAUGAAAUCAAAUGUUCAUGGGUUGUUGAGCAUCUUGAAGUUAUUGUGACGUGCUUAAACGAGUCAGAUAAAUGUAAAUUGAAUUACCUGUCUGAUUUAAAUCGCCAACUCUUUAUAAGAGGUUUGUUUUUUUGGUUGAGAUGAAAUAACGAUUAUGCUUGACAAUCAUCCAUAUUGUAAAAGUCAAGUGUUAAUCCUUAAAUAUGGUGUCCUUAUAUGGAUGGUGUUCCUUUUCAGUUCAUUCUGAUGACAGAUAUAAGCCUAGUCUAUAAAUAUAUAAAUAUAUAUAUAUAAAUAUAUAAAAAAAAGCCAAAUGUAGCUUUGAAGUUGAAGCCAUUUGGUGUUUCUGAAUGUGUGGUGAAGCCAAUCUGUUUGGGUAUUCGCUCUGGAAUAUCUGACAGAAGCUUCACGAGACAUCUCGGCAGAUUGUUUUUUAAAUCUGCUGCCGAAAUUGUUUACAUUUUUAUUGGUUUACUUUUCUUCAUCAUACAGUUUAUCAUCUUUAAUUUUCUGUACCUUACGAUGAAACAUCCGUAACACCCAUAAGGCAGGGAUUCCCUCGAAGGUAAAUGUGAUCAUCAACCCUUGAAAAACCAGUAAACUCAGUAUUGCCUCUGGAAAAAUGGCAGACUGUAAAACAUUAAAAUGAUAACCUUUUUUAA